AUGUCCGAACCAGAUUAUGAUUCUCUGAGUCAAUAUUCAGAAGGAUUUUUAAAGAGUGGAUCACAGUCCUGUUUCACGGACACUUUAUCUCAAGCGUCGUAUGGGGAUGACGUCUUGUCAGAAAAUCGCAACGAGAAUCCCGAUUUCGAACUAGACGAUGAUCAGGACGAUGAAUUGACCGAUCUCCCAAAACAUGCUUGCAGGUAGAAAUUUUUGUAUUGUAUUAUUUGUUUGGUUUUAGGUAUUGCGGCUAUCACAAUUCGGCUUCUAUGGCUCUAUGCACGGUUUGUGACAAAUGGUUUUGCAAUGGAAAAGGAAACACAACUGGCAGUCAUAUUGUAAAUCAUCUUGUCCGCUCAAACCACCGGGAAGUGUCUUUGCAUAGAGAUGGACCACUGGGCGAAACCCAGUUGGAAUGCUAUCAUUGUGGUUCAAGGCAUGUUUUUGUAUGUGCAAUAUUUUUGUUUAGGAACGUUUUUAUGAUGGGUUAUAUCACUGCGAAAGCUGAUUCCGUCGUUGUUAUGCUUUGUCGAAUUCCAUGUGCUUCAUUGGCCGCACAGAAGAGUAGUAAUUGGGAGGCGGAGGACUGGAAACCCCUAAUUUCUGAAAGGCAGAUUGUUUCCUGGAUACUAAAGGUUCCCACUCAGCAGCAACAGAUGAGAUGUCGUCAAAUUACGGCAGCUCAGAUAAAUCGUUUGGAGGAGAUGUGGAAGGUGGGUCUGUUUACUUUUGGUUGUUACAUACUGUUUAGGAUAACAAUGAUGCAACUGUCGAAGACUUAGACCGCCCAGGGCUCGAUGAUGAACCGGAACCCGUUAGAUUACGAUACGAAGAUGGUGUACAAUAUUUCAAUAUUUUGAAUCCAUUGGUAUCUCUCGAAGCUCUUUAUGAUAGAAAAAUGAAGGAACAGAUGAGCUAUCCCGUGAGCCAAGUGCGAUGGGAUAUUGGUUUGAAUAAAAAAUUAGUGGCCUCUUUCAAUCUUCCUGAGUUCAGGGAUGGAAGUAGGUUUUUAUUCGUCUAGGUUAAACUCUUUAGAUAUGAAGUUGAUGAUUGGAGAUGAGCUUAGAUUGAAACAUCAACAAACCGUCGAUGGAAGUGAGUGGACAUGCGAGGGAAGGAUCAUUAAAAUUCCCGAUAACCAUGGAGACAAGUUUAUGCUUGAGGUGGGAUAUAACACAGAAAUGCCGUCUAAUAAGAGAACCAACUUCCUAUGUGAAUUUGUGUGGAAAGGAACAGCAUUCAAGAGGUAUGACUGCAAGUUUAUUCUAUUUGUUUUAGAAUGAAGGAUGCUUUGAUGAGACUGGCCAACAGAAAGUCUUGUGUCUCCCAGUUCAUUUACCACAAGUUAAUGGGGCACGACGUGAACGACAUCAAGUUUCAGAUAAAUUUGCCGCGUCGCCUCGAGACUCCUGGUCUUCCGCCUCUUAAUCAUUCACAGGAAGAGGCUGUCCGAACAGCUCUUGUCCAACCGUUGACUUUGAUUCAAGGACCUCCGGGAACCGGGAAAACUGUCACUUCUGCCGCUUUGGUCUAUCACAUGGUGAAAGUAAGCAAGGAACCGGUUCUGGUUUGUGCGCCUUCUAAUAUAGCUGUUGAUCAACUUGCCGAGAAAUUGCACAAGACGGGUUUGAAGGUGAUCCGUUUCUGUGCUAAGGGAAGGGAAACUGUCGACAGCCCUGUUGCUUUUCUCACCUUACACAAUCAAUUGAAGGCUCUCCAUGGGGCUGGUGAAUUGCACAAAUUAAUGAGACUUAAGGUAGGGAUUUGUUAAGUAACAAAUAUCUUUUUUAGGAAGAGGUUGGAGAACUCUCUCAAGGAGAUGAGCAAAGAUUUAAGCAACUUACCCUGACCAAAGAAAAGGAAUUGUUAUCGAAGGCUGAAGUGAUUUGUUGCACUUGCAUAUCUGCGGCCGAUGCUAGGAUGAAAGACCGGGAAUUUCGAUGUGUCUUGGUGGAUGAAAGCACUCAAGCCACAGAGCCGGAAGUUAUGGUUCCAGUCCUGAAAGGCGCCAGACAGUUGGUUUUGGUCGGAGAUCAUUGCCAAUUGGGUCCGGUAGUUAUUUGCAAGAAAGCCGGGGUGGCAGGACUCUCUAAAUCUUUGGUUGAGAGAUUGGUGAUGCUCGGAAAUCGUCCAGUCAGACUUCAAGUACAAUAUCGUAUGCAUCCCGCGCUAUCCGUUUUCCCCAGUAAUGUUUUUUACGAGGGAUCCUUGCAAAAUGGUGUUACCGAAGGUAAUUUUUUGACGUAGCGAAUAUGUAACUUCUUUAGCUGAGCGUAUUCUCAGAAAUGUGAGUUGGAGCUUUCCGACUCCUGAAAAACCGAUGAUGUUCUGGAAUUGCUGUGGUCAGGAAGAAAUCAGCCCUUCAGGAACGUCGUAUCUCAAUCGUGCUGAAGCCGUUUUUGUGGAAAAACUAACCACCAGAUUCUUGCAAGCGGGGUUUAAGCCUGAGCAGAUUGGGAUUAUUACCCCAUAUGAAGGACAGCGAGCUUACAUCGUUCAAUUUAUGCAGUCGCAGGGGACUCUGCACAGUAAACUAUAUUUGGAUAUUGAAGUUGCCAACGUCGAUGCGUUUCAAGUAAUUUAUUAAUUUUUAUUUAUUUUUUCCUAGGGAAGAGAAAAAGAUCUUAUUAUUGUAACGUGUGUAAGAUCAAACUCGACUGGCGGAAUUGGCUUUUUAAACGAUCCCCGGCGUUUGAAUGUUGCUUUAACUCGUGCCAAGUAUGGUCUGGUUAUCGUGGGAAAUGCCAAGGUUUUGGCCAGACAAAUGUUGUGGAACAACUUGUUAACUGUCUUCCGUAACAAGGGUUGCUUGGUCGAAGGAGCCCUCAACAAUCUGAGGAAGUCCAACAUGGAACUGCCGAAACCGAAACCCGUCUCAGAGAGAGAAAUCAGAGCGCAUGGGUUUAUGAAUUUAUCUUUAUUCUCCACUGCCGAUGCUUCGUUUAAAAGGGGCGGGGAUGAGCAGUCUGGUUUCUACGCUAAUGGCUCUUUCGAAGAUCCACAGGGAUCUCUUUAUGCCAGUUCUGUCCUUGGUGGUGCUUCGCUCCCAGUACCGAUUCAUAUGUUUGGAAAUUCAAGUGUCAAUCCUGAGAACGGAGAGGCCUUCGGAACUUAUGAUCGAAAUGGUAAGCACUUUUCCACAAAGAAUAUAAAUAUUGAACUUUUAGUCCCUUUGGUCUGGCCUCCAGCUCCUGGGUCUGGUAAAAUUGACGCGGAACUCCCGAGUUGGGAUUACAAUUCUGGAAGAAGAAGACAGAUCCCUUCAGUGUUAUCCAGCUCCAGCCAAGAUCACUACAACAGUUCCUUUCAAGGGUUCUCUCAAGACCAUGAUGUAUAUUCCUCCAGCCAAACUGACGGAUGA